AUGGCGUCAUCUGAGGAGACCAUUGUAGUGGAGAAGGACACAUCAGCAGCGACGGUGGUACUGAAUCGGCCCAAGGCUCUCAACUCUCUAGACACGUACAUGGUGAGGCGUAUGAAGCAGCUGUACAGCCAGUGGGAAAAAGAUCCAACGGUCAAGAUGAUCCUUCUCAAGGCCAACGGGCGCGCCUUCUGCGCAGGCGGCGAUGUGCGGACUGUGUACCAGCAGGGGAAGCAGGGCAAGGCCGCAGAGUGCUGUGAGUUCUUCCGAACAGAGUAUCAGCUAAACCACCUCAUCGCAACGCUCACCAAGCCGCACGUGGCUCUGAUCAACGGGGUGGUGUUUGGCGGUGGUAACGGCAUCUCCGUGCAUGGGGCAUUCCGUGUCGUCACUGAGAACGCUCUCUUCGCCAUGCCUGAAACGGCCAUUGGCCUGCAUCCUGACGUCGGUGCCUCCUCCUUCCUCUCGCGCCUCCCCGGCCACAUGGGCGAGUACUUAGCCCUAACGGGAGCCCGGGUGCCCGCACCUGACAUGCUUGCUUUGGGCCUAGCCACCCACUUUGUACCUUCGGACCGGCUGCCGAGCCUCGAGAACAGGCUCGGGUGCCUAGGCACGGGAGAUCCCGAAGCGAUCCAUCUGGCAAUCCAGGAGCAUGCCGAACGUGUGCUUCCCACUAAAGGGGGGAUUAUAGCGAGGGCUGCUGUGAUCGACGCCUGUUUUAGUAAAAGAACAGUGGAGGGAGUUUUCACCGCUCUUUUGAAUCACGCGUCUGCCACGUCAGCGACGCACCCGGGGUGGAGUGCUGACGAUGCGGUGUGGGCGAAGGAGACCCACGCGCUGCUCGCAAAAAUGUCGCCGACGGCGCUAAAAGUUUCUUUUAGGAGCGUGAGGGACGGCAGAAUGGAGAGUCUGGUGCAGUGCCUGCAGAAGGAGUAUCGGCUGAGCGUGCGCGCUUGUAACGAGGCGGUGACAGGGGAUUUCUAUGAGGGCGUGCGGGCUGUGCUGGUGGAUAAGGACGGCAAUCCCAAGUGGAAUCCGGCUCAGCUCUCCCAGGUAUCGGCGCGCACCGUCUCCGACCUCUUUGCACCGUUGCCCCCAGGGGAAGAGCUCAGUCUGCCUCUGCGUGGCAGGGAGACAAGUGGUGGUGGUGGUGCACGCUUGUGA